CUCAAAGGGAAGUUCAAUUUGUGUGUGUGUGUGUGUGUGUGAAGUGCACGGUGAGAGGUUUGACUCAGUCAUUGGUGGAGAUGUUCCGCCGCGUGCUGGGGAACACUUUGGGUUUUGUGGGCUACACGGUCCAGUAUGGCUGCAUUGCACAUUGUGCCUUUGAAUACAUUGGAGAAUUUGUGGUGUGCUCUGGUCCAUCCAUGGAGCCAACUAUUGUCAACCAUGAUAUUAUCUUCUCCGAGCGGAUGAGUCGUCAUCUUUGCAAAAUACAAAAGGGUGAUAUAGUAAUUGCCAAGAGUUCAUUUGACCCAAAUAUGAACAUUUGUAAAAGGGUAAUUGGACUGGAGGGAGAUAAAGUCUGCACAAGUUCUCCAUCAGAUGUGUUCAAGACCCACACAUAUGUUCCAAAAGGCCACGUAUGGCUCGAAGGUGAUAACCUUAGGAAUUCCACUGACUCACGAAGCUAUGGCCCAAUUCCCUAUGCCCUCAUCCGAGGGCGUGUUUGCUUAAAGCUCUGGCCGCCACAUAGUUUUGGGACCCUCAGUGAAAGCCCAACCAGACGGAUCAUUAAAGCUCAGAGAGACUCAGAUUGACUCAUUCACUUUGUUUAUACUGUAUGUUGCGUUGUUUUCAAUCAUUUUUAAUAAAGCUGAUGUUAAUUUAAAAAUGUUAUUUCCAAAAA